UUUCCAGGAUUAAGUCUGUGACAAACGUGUGAUGUCUUAGAUCUCAGUGCCCAAUAGCACGUUCAAAUACGUUCGGGUCCCAGUGGUAUGGUACGUCCGGACUGAGGCGGCUUCUCGGGUUUCAGUGGGAUUUGGUCGCAUUUCGAAAGGUCUGCAUCGCUGUUGCUCAUUCGUUUUCUCGACAAUUCGGACGUACCCGGAUUGAAUGGCGUUGCAUCAGCAACGUGUAUGGUUGAGGAUCAUUAUGAGACUCUGAGGAAGCAGUAUAAAGCUCAGCUGGAAGUUGGCACCGUAGUCGCUGCCAGGGAACAAGGCACGCAGAACCUACCCGGGUGAAUAGUAUCCUUCCACGCCGGUACCUACGUAUCACUUCGUCGGGUCUGCAAUAUGUCCGGCGAUCAACCAGUCCCGAGGGCCACCAUGCGUGCGCAAUUGCGUUUCGUCGCCAUUGCAGGAGUGGGUCUCUUCCUUGAUGGCUAUCUAAACAUCGUCAUUGGACUUGUCGUCCCCAUGCUGGGUUACAUCUAUUUCCCGCCUCAUGGCUCUGUACCAGCUAUCAAAGGUGACGAAAUGAAGGGCGGUUUAUCCGUUGGUAUGGUCAUUGGUCAACUGGGCUUUGGACUCUUUGGAGAUGCUCUUGGCCGUCACAAGGUUUACGGGAAGGAGCUCCUGUUCACCAUUGUCGGAACGCUGCUCGUCGUAUUAGUGCCCUGGAAAGGAAUCUCACAGGAGGGCGUGGUAGCUUGGAUCACCUGCUUUAGAGUGUUGACAGGGUUUGGCAUUGGUGGAGACUACCCCAUGUCCUCCUCCCUCGCAGCAGAGAAGACGAUCUUUGGAAGUCGAGCCAAGCUCAUCCUCACUGUCUUUGCGUGUAUAGGAUGUGGAGGUAUAAGCGCAAGUAUCGUCAACACUAUCCUACUCCGGGCCGGGAGACAGAGCAUCGAAGAGAACAUCGAUCAUCUCCAAUGGGUGUGGCGGAUCCUCCUUGGCGUCGGCAUCGUACCCGCCUUAUUGACCCUUUACGCGCGGUUGACUAUGCGCGAGUCUGGACCAUAUGAGAAGUAUGUCGCCACGGAGACUGGACUUCGAGGUCCUAACAAGCGUGGUCUGAAGGAGCAGUUCGAAGACUUCCGAGUCUACUUUAGACAGCCCAAGCAUGCUAGAGUGCUGUUCGCAGUCUCAGCCGUGUGGUUCCUGUUCGACAUCGCCUUCUACGGUGUCAACUACAACCAAUCCAUUAUCCUCAAGCAGAUCGGGUACGGCAAAGGCAAGACGCCAUACGAAACUCUCUGGCACACCGCCAUUGGCAACAUUAUUGUACAAUCCGCGGGCUACCUCCCAGGGUUUUUCAUCGGUAUCUUCUUGCCGGAUUGGAUCGGACGACGAGCUCAGCAAUUUUGGCUCUGUCUCGCUUCAUCGCUCCUCUAUGCCAUUUGGGCCGGUGUCUCCACACGGAAGAAGACUCCCGUCGGAGGUCUCAUGACAUUGUUCACGCUCGCUCAACUGGUCUUGAAUGCCGGUCCAAACUGUACUACCUUCCUGAUCCCCGUCGAAGUCUUCCCCACUCGUGUAAGGGGUUCAGCACAUGGAAUCGCUGCUGCAUCAGGCAAAGUCGGCGCUAUCCUGACGGCUUUUGCUUUCGGAACUGUGGUCGAUCAUAUUGGAUUGCCAGGGACUUUGGGGCUCUUCGCUGGGAUCAUGGCUCUUGCGGCCGGCAUCACCCUGAUGAUCCCAGAAACAAAGGGAACGACCAUUGAAGACAUCGAAAACGACAAGAUCUUUGGCGGUUCUUCUGUAUUCCAGGACGAUUCGAUCAAUAGCACACCUGAUAGCUUGAUGAAGGGCACGAACCCCCCUGCAGAGACUAUGCGGGACUUUGACGACAAGCGUAUGUUGUAAGAUUUGAUUCGUAAGGGGUCGGGUAUCAUCAGGGCGCCGGUUAACCUGUGUAGAUAGACAUUUGAGUAUGAUGCAAUGAAUGUCAGUAAGCUCAA